GCGCAUGCGUCAGAGAAAGGGGGUCACUGUAAGCGAUAGUUUUUGAAUUUUUUAACCAUCAAAGAAAAGAUGACCCAUGAUCGAACAGAAGCCCAUUCGAGCUAUGGCACCGCUGUUAGUCACUCGUACGAUCAUGAUUGACAAGGCGUCUCUUAAAGUAUUUAUUUUCUGCAUCCUUUUUAUCCAGUCAAGUUACUCCCUUCCUGCCAGCUCUGAGGUGGAAGCACAAAAUUCCUCCCUGCUCAUACCUAAAAUCUUACCUGAAAGCAUUAAUACCUUAAAUGAACACAAUGAUCAUGCGAAAAAAGAACAGACAAAUUCUUCAAGCGCAGACUUGCAGAGUGACUCAGAAAGACUAAAAAUAGACUCAACUGUAGAUGCCAAAAACUCUAAGAUAAGGUUACGCCCCACAGAAACACCCAUGAGACCUAGAAAAAACAAAAAUGACUUAUUUUCUUUUAGCAAAGAAUUUUCGAGAAACAAAGAGAGAGAAAGGAACACGAAGCCACCCGUAGUCUUGAAAAGGGAUAAAAUCCCUGAGAGUGAAGAACCUUAUUUUGAAAGAAAACCGGCUUUGUUACUUCGCUUCUUUCCUGAUGGUACGGCUGUACUCAUUUCCAAAUUCCAAUUGCAUUUGCAUGUCAAGCCCAAAGAAGUCAAAUUCGGCUCUGAUGAAGAUCUAAAGAUGGAAGACGAAUCGUAUGACUACAACCCGAGCGACAUUCUUAACGAUGGAAAAAGCUUCGAAGUGUCAUAUAAGCGUGUAGAAGCGAUCCCAACUUUUAAGGAACAAAAUUUAGAGGACGACUCAGACACCAAGCUAAGUGACGACUUGUACAGUGACGAAGAUUUAAGUCAUAAGGAUCAUGAGUUUGUGACACCUUCCUACACUUCAACGAAGUCUCUUGAUGGUACAGUGAGACCCAUACCGUUAGUGGAAACUACAUCCCUACUCCCUGAAACAACAGCAACUAUCCCAGUAACGCUAUCAACUGAAACAGCGAUUCCGGAUGUUUCAAAUAAAAGUGAAGAAUCUACUAAUGACAAUGAAAACCCAUUUUUUGUCAUGACUGUUGGACAAAUGUCUUCACUACAGCAGCAGUAUGAUCCUGUACAAGCUCUGCCCCUAAAAAGUACUUCUGAACUUCAGACAGAAAGGCCUGAAGUAUCAACAAGUGCUGAGAGCUCGACAGCAACUACGGAAUCAGUCCAAACAACGCCUCUAUCGCAUUUGCCUGCUCAAACAACAGAUUCGAACACGAUAUUGUUGCAAACUGACCCCACAGCUACUACAACUAAGUGCUUGAGUUUUCAGAACCAGUUAUCUUUAGUUUUGUCCACAGAAGACAACAUCGACAAUUCUUUGCUAAAGAAGCAUAUUUUACCAACGCAAGAUUGUAACAACACAGAGUUUGAUGGCAAUAAUGAGUUAGCUAAAAUCCAAUCCCUAGAGACCACCACUAUAGAAAUCCCGACAACCACAACUCCCAUAACAACAACAACAACAACGGUACCCACAACUACUGAGAAAGCCACAACAACUCCCCCACAAAGUGGUAAUCUUCUUGCACCAUACCUUGCUUCGCGAAUGUCAGUGAAUCCUUCAAAGCCAGAUGUCGUAGUGGUCACUUCUUUACCCGUUUUGAUUGACCUGAAAAACAGGAGAGACCACGCGGUGACUAGUGUCCCUUCCUGGCGAGAAGUAACAGUCGGAGUGGUCCGAGAUCAACAAGGGCAGCCUCUGAAACCGAGGUACAACAACUGGACAGCCCAUUUAAGAGGGCUUCGAAAAAAGUCAGAUAAUAAGUUUUGGAAUGAGUUGACCACUCCGAGGAAUGACAUUAAGCCAAUUCCCCAACAACAACCUAUUCAACAAGCUCCGAGUCAAAUAAAUCGGGCUUUCUGGACAGACUUGCAACGAGAUAAGCAAUCAAUGUACAAUCCUCCGCAAAGAAAGAACACCAUGAAUACCCAACCCUAUGUUGCCAACCCGCCAAAGAACUAUCCAACUAUAAGUGCGAAUCAAUUUGCAGUGUGGAGAAAUCGAGAUGACGUUGGCGAUAGAUGGAAUCGUAAUCAAAUGGAAAGUACAUAUAACAAUGCGUUUUAUCCACCGCACGAUAUCAUGAGGAUGAAAGGACCUCAAGUGAAUGCCCAAAGGAACUUUGAUCGACAAGAAAACAAACCUUACCCUUCCUGGAACAAUGGUAAUAUGCAGCAUAGUGGGAGACGCUGGUGAAAUCACGUAUUAUAAAUAUAAUGAUCAAAACUGGUUGGUCAAAUAUCAACUGAUCAAACUGAAGUUGACCUGAAGAUAAAGAUUUGACAUCGGUGGAACAAAGAAAAGACUAGAUUAAAAUUCAACAGGGUAUUUAUUAAUAAGAAAGAAAACGAAUAUUUUUGUGUGGGCCGGAGUGCUAAAAAGGAUGAAAUAGGAUUUAUGAGGAUGUAUGUGUAAAUAUAGUUCGUUCACCAGGAGUUGGCACUUGGCUCCACCCCCUCGGACGAAGAGUUCAUUUCAGGGCGGGAUGAGAAACGUCUCCGCUUUUGAAAAUCAGACAACCCUUAAUGCGCGCCAAACACAAACAGUGAUUUCAUUUUCAGUCACUUACUUCGCUUUAUCAUCUGCUAUUAUACCUUUCGUUACUCUAGCUAAUUAAAUAUAUUGCAGCAAAA